AUGCUGGCUGUUGGCAAUAAGGGAAGACAGUUGUCUAGAAAGCUUUUGGAACAAGGGUCUCUCAAGGAUUCUGCAAGACUUAGUGAAGAUUUGAAGCUCCUGUUGUCACAAAUAUCUGCUGCUCGAGGGGUCGACUUAACACUCAAUGAUAUGAGCCCUAGAGUGUCCGAAAAUGGUGAGGAAUCGAGAAGUUCUGAUGCUUCUAUCUCUAUUGGUAUUCAGACAAACGACCUUGAAGCUCGGAUUGAUCUUCAUAAGAAGAAAUUUGGGGGUGUAUUAAAUUUGGAAAAUAUGGUGGAGUCAAUUACCGGAGUUGGGGGUGGCUGGGCUGUCAGAUAUAAUGGUGAUUGA